GUUUCCUAAUUAACUCGUUAUCGUGUAAGAUAUAAUUUUAUCUCAAAUACUUUCUGUUUAUAUAUGAAAUGGUUUCUCUUUAUUUGGACUUGAAUAAAAGGAAAAGAAUCAAAAAGAAGAAACGGUAUCAUUGUUUGUCACGCUCGUGAGCUACGCAGAACUUUUACAUCGGAAUAGUGAAGAAACUUGAAUCCACUUGAAACAUUGUUCACUGUAUCAACGUGAAUCAUGAUUAUUAUAACAAUAUUGUUAUUGUUAAUUUUGUAUAUAAUAAUAUAUGAUUUUUAUGUGCAUCAUAACCGAAGUGGACGAUUACUUCGUUUAAUACCAGGUGCACCAAGUAUUCCGAUUCUCGGUUCGGCACUUUUAUUUCAAUGUUCACAAGAAGAGGCAUGGCACGUUGUGCGUUAUUUCACCGACAAAAUAUAUCCGAUUACAAAACUCUGGAUUGGUCCUACAUGUAAUAUAUAUCUUCGUCAUCCAGAUGAUUUGGAGAAAGUCUUAAGCAGCACGAAACACAUCGAGAAAAGUAUAUUAUACGACGCAUUACGUCCAUGGCUUAAAGACGGUCUUCUCACUAGUAAAGGGAGCAAAUGGCACAUUCGCCGUAAACUACUAACGCCUACAUUUCAUUUUUCUCUACUGCAACAAUUUGUAGAAGUUUUGAUUGAAGAGGGCAACCACAUGACAAACUUUCUAAAAGAAAGUGAAGGAACAGUUAUAAAAAAUUUAGUCCCAUUUCUUAGCGAGCACACACUAAAUGCAAUAUGCGAAACCGCCAUGGGUAUUUCUUUGCGCAGUUGUGACACGUUUCAGGAACAGUAUCGGAAAUCAGUACAGGAUAUGGGUGACUUUAUUGUACACAGAUACGUCUGUCCUUGGUUGCACCUUGAUUGGAUGUUCACAUUAUCGCCAACAGGUAGAAAACAAGCUAAGACGUUAAAGAUAUUACAUGGUUUUACUGAAAAAGUCAUUAGGGAAAGAAAACUUUAUCAUGAACGCACAGAGGACCGAUAUUUAAAAAACAUUAAAAUUGAUUUAUCGACAGCCGAUGUAGAAGUGAUCGGACUUCGUAAAAAGCGACUCGCUAUGUUGGAUCUUCUAAUAGCGGCAUCUCGCGAAAAUAAUAUAACCGAUUUGGACAUCAGAGAGGAAGUCGACACCUUCAUGUUCGAGGGUCACGAUACUACGGCAAUAGGUGUGUGUUUUGCUUUGCUGUUAUUAGCUGAGCACAAGGAUAUUCAGGAUCGUGUCAGAACUGAAGUUGAUGAUGUGAUGAAAGAAUAUGAAGGAAAAUUAACUAUGGCGUCCUUACAAAAGCUUCCGUAUUUAGAGAGAUGCCUGAAAGAAUCGCUGAGAUUGUAUCCCAGUGUUCCCUCAAUAUCGCGCAUUCUUGCAGAAGAUAUAAAAUGUCAGUCGUAUAUAGUGCCGGCUAAUACAUCCGUGUUACUUGGCAUCUACUCCGUUCAUAGAGAUCCUCACUUUUGGUCGAAUCCGGACGUAUUCGAUCCGGAUCGAUUUUUGCCCGAUCAAAUGCAAAAUCGUCAUCCUUAUUGCUAUUUACCGUUUAGCGCAGGACCACGGAAUUGCAUAGGUCAACGUUUCGGUAUGUAUGAAAUGAAAGCUAUGAUCGCACCUUUGGUGCAUCACUUUUACCUGGAACCUGUUGAUUACUUGAGAAAUCUUAAGAUGAAGAUAGAUCUGAUACUUCGUCCUGCUCAUCCGAUCUUUCCUGACAAAAAACGUUCUGCAUAUAUAGACAGUUUUAAUAUUUAUUUACAUAUGCUCAUAUACGAUAUUCAAUAUAGAAUCUUAUAUAUAAUUUUAUCGAAUGCGCAAUUGCGUAUAAGUAUGCAUAAUCAGAUAAAAAAGUUGUCUACAGAUACAAUGCUUUUUUUCUACAGUUUUCAGACAACAAUAGUAAAGAACAAAGUCACGUAUGCAAAAGAGCACUUGUACUUUUUAUGAAGUGUGGUUUAAGACUUAAAAAAUGAUUUAUAUAAAGUGUAUUUGUGUGUCUAAAAAUAAUUAAAAUACAAUUAUUG